AUGACUGAAAAUAUCCUCACCUUCUGCACUGCUGACAUCCCACCCGAACUCAUUUCUCAAUUCAUCAAACUCUCCCAACGCACACAAGAAAGUUCCAAAAUCUGGUCUAUCGUCCGCACACCUAUUUCCCAUCCCCUCGGCAAACGCACCCGCACCACCAUCUCUCCUUUCCAAACCGGUUUCCUGGACGCCUCUCUCUCCACGCUCUCAGAAUUCGUGACUUCGGCUCCGCAAACCGAUGGUGCUAUGGAGUCGUUUGGACAGUAUGCCGAUGGAGGCAGUGGAGAAAGGGGAUGGGAUGAGGGGAAGAAAACGACGGAGUGGAAGGAUUAUCGAGUGGAGUUUAGUAAGGCGUGUUGGGUGGUGGGGGUUUUGCAAACGAAACCGGGGUUGUUUGGGGAAAUUGUGGAGAAGGGUCAGGGGACUAGUGUGGAUGGGGAGGGGGUGCUCAAAGUGGAUACCCCAAUGAAGGAGUGCGAUUUGGAGGAAGAGGAUGUUUCUACGGACGAGGAAAGUUUGUGA